UGUGUUUCACCUGGCACCACUAUUAUGUUUGCUAGCGGCCAUGUUUCUAUUUGCUCUCAUUGUGUUUGAAUAGGAAACUCCCCAGUAUGUGAACUGUAGCUAAACUUUAACCGCAAAUUUGUUUUCUGGAGAAAUACAGGCCGACUGGGGGUGGUGCCGCGGGACAACGCCCACUGAAAACUUUAAUUGGUUCUUCAUCACUUGCUGGGAGUCCGCUCCUUUCGUUACAAGAAUGGCUUCCUGUCUGGAAAAGUUUGGUAAGAAGAGACUUCUCUUGCUCGUCGGUUUCCUCGUAGUCGUCGCGGCUAUCAUCGGGCUCAUCGUCGGCGUAACCACCAACCAGGCCGCGAGCACAAGUCCAGGAGACUCCGAUGAAUCCGCGGGAGACGAGGCCACGACGGCGGCGGUUCCGACGACGACGACUCAGACCAUGUGGCCGCCGGACAGCCCAUGGCUGACCCUCCGCCUACCCGACUACAUCGUCCCGGUACACUACAACCUCACCCUCCAGCCGGAUCUCGUGGCUGACACGUUUACUGGGAAGGUAGCCAUGGACCUGAAAAUCAGCCAACCCACCAAGUAUAUCCUUCUACACAUCAACGAACUUGAGCUCCAGACACCGACCGUGGAGCAAAAACUGACGGGGGCAACUUACAAUGUCCUCCGUACGUUCGAAUAUCUACCCAACCAGUUUUACAUCAUCGAAAUGUCGGGUGAGAUUCCGGCGAACAACGCAAACGACGCCGGGGACAUGUACGUGGUGACGGUGGACUUCAGCGGCAGUCUUGUCGGCCACAUUGUGGGAUUUUACAAGAGCACUUACACCAACUCCCAGGGCGAGACCAGAUCUUUGGCUACCAGCAAAUUCCAGCCCACUGACGCCCGGAGGGCCUUCCCUCACUUCGACGAACCGGCCCUGAAGGCGGAGUUUAGCACCAUUCUCAUCCACGAGCCGGAAUACAUCGCUAUCUCAAACAUGCCCAUAGAGGCGGCUUACACCAGACCAGACGGGCUUGUAGAGACCCAUUUCCAGAGAUCGGUCCCUAUGAGCUCCUACCUCUCUUGUUUCAUUGUGUGCGACUUCAAGUACACGGAAAGCGUCACACAUGGCGGAACUCCGAUUCGCGUGUACGCGACGCCUGACCAAGUAAACAACACGAUGUACGCCCUGGACAUCAUGAGGAACAUCACAGACUACUUUGAGGAGGUUUUCCAAAUACCUUAUCCCCUGCCUAAGCUUGACCAGAUUGCCAUCCCUGACUUCGUGUCGGGCGCCAUGGAACACUGGGGCAUCAUCACCUACCGCGAGACGAACCUGCUGUACGAGGAGGGCGUGUCUUCCGCCGGGAACAAGCAGCGGGUGGCUAGUGUAGUGUCUCACGAAUUGGCUCAUAUGUGGUUCGGUAACAUCGUGACCAUGGAGUGGUGGGACGAUCUGUGGCUGAACGAAGGUUUCGCCAGUUUCGUGGAAUAUCUGGGAGUCAACGAAGCCGAACCCGACUGGCAAAUGCUGGACCAAUUUAUCGUGCAGGAUCUGCAGCCGGUGUACGGGCUGGACGCGCUCACUACCUCCCAUCCCAUCAUCCUCCCUGUUAACCGUCCCGAGGAGAUCACCGAGAUUUUCGACUCCAUCUCUUACAGCAAGGGUGCCUCUGUGAUCCGUAUGCUGCGAAGUUUCCUGGGGGAUACCGUCUUCCAGACCGGCAUCACUCAAUAUCUGACGGACUACUCCUACAGCACCGCCCGCACGGACGACCUGUGGAGCGCCCUGGCGACGGCUAGUGGUGAACCGGUGAAGCAGAUCAUGGACACUUGGACCAAGCAGAUGGGGUUCCCGGUGGUGCACUUCCGCAACACGAGCUCGGGCCUGCUGGUGACCCAGGAGCGAUGUCUGGUGGACCGCACGGCCGAUACCUCCAACAGCCAAUAUGACUCACCUUACAAUUAUACAUGGUCCAUCCCUCUAUCCUUCUACCAACUGGAAACAAAAGACACUCCAUGGAACCAGGUCAUGAAUACAAAAGAAGUUGUCAUAACGAAUUGGCAACCGGAUUCGGCAAAGAAGUGGCUCAUCGGAAACGUGAACCGGUACGGUUACUACAGGGUGACGUUUGACGAUGAUGUGUGGGCUGCGGUGACACAGCAACUCCAGGACGAUCACCUGAUGUUUUCGGCUGCCGACCGUUCUGGACUUAUCGACGAUGGGUUUGCUUUGGCCCGCGGUGGUUAUUUGAGCUACUCCGUGGCUCUGGAUCUGACGAAGUACCUGGACCAGGAGGAAGGGUUCCUGCCCUGGGAUACCGCAGUUUCGUCUCUGUCCACUGUCACCAACCUGCUGGAGAAUACCGACCAGUUUGAUGCCUGGAAGAAUUACUGCAGCAGCAAAGUUCGGCCAUUAGCAGACACUCUGGGAUUUAGGGAAGGCGGAACACAUCUUGAACAACUGGGAGACAUGAAUGCCUUGAACGACGCCUCUGACUUCUUCCAACGGUGGUUACAGGGUCAAAGCGUUCCUUCGGCGUUCCGCUCGCUCGUGUACCGAUAUGGCAUGCAGCAGGAGGGAGACGAAGCUGCCUGGAACUACAUGUGGGACAAGUACAGCACCGAGACACUGGCACAGGACAAGAUUCGGCUUCUCUACGGUCUGGCCUUCGUCCCCGACGGGGCUCUUCUCAGCAGGCUGCUUGAGUACAGCAUGGACGAGAACAGGGUCCGGAGUCAGGACUUCUUCUCGGCCGUCACUUACGUCUCCUACACUCAACUCGGCCUGCCCAUAGUGUGGGACUGGGUGCGGCAGAAGUGGCCGGAGCUGGCCAACAGGUUUGGCUUGGAUUCUCGUUCCCUGGGUCGUCUCGUUCCCAACAUAGUCUCUGGUUUCAGCACAAAUGCGGAGCUGCAAGAGGUCUUGGACUUCUUUGCCUUGUACCCAGAUGCCGGGGCCGGCGCGAGGGGCCGGGAACAGGCGCUGGAGAGAAUCCGCAGCAACAUCGCCUGGCAGACCGCCAACCUGGACCACAUUAGGAGCUGGCUGCAGAACAACAGUGCACGCUAAUGCAGGUGUCAAACUGCCCAAAUCUGCACAAGAUGCCUCUUAGGAAUUUGCCUGGAGAUUACUGUAUCAACAAGGUCAUCACAAACAAACUCUAAUAAGAAUUAUAAAGAUCUAAUCUAAUUUGAUAAAUUGUUUAUGUGGAAAUACACAAAUUGUUCGAUUGUAUUCUAUGCAAUUCUUCUCACAUCAAUUCCCUAUACCACAUUUACACAACAAAAACAGCAUAGAUCAGUGUGAAAUGUGGUUAAUAUUUUGCAGCAAAGUAGUGCAGAUCGAUGAUUGUGAUGAAAUUAACGUCUCAUGUUCAGUUGUAGCUACAUGGAAUAUGUGGACACGAAUUGCUAAUUUCAAAGUGCCUUACCACUGUGAAACUUUUGACCUGAUUGUGAGGUAUAUUUUUUUACUCAAAUCACAAACUUGUGUCAGAGAUUGUAACUGUACAACUUCCUAGUAUAUUCGAAUCACACACCGGUAAGAGCUACCUUUCUAUACAGCAAUAAAUUUUCUUGGGAAGGCA